AUGUCUCUCCCACUUUGCGAACUUGGCAAAACUGGUGUAAAAGUCCCUGCAAUUGGUUUGGGUUGUAUGGGCAUGAGUGAUUUUUAUGGAUCAGUUGACGAACAAGAAAGUAUUGAUGUUUUGAAACAGUCCAUUGAAUUAGGAUUCAACUUUUGGGAUACUUCCGAUAUUUAUGGAAAUGGAGCCAAUGAGAUUCUCCUUUCAAAAGUCCUUAAAGACAAACGUGAUAAAGUAUUUCUUUGUACAAAGUUUGGUAUACUUCGAGAUUCAAAUGGCGCAUUUACAGGUGUAUCAGGUUCACCUGAAUUUGUUCGUCAAGCUUGUGAAAAAUCUUUAAAAAGAUUGGGGGUAGAUUAUAUUGAUCUUUAUUAUCAACAUCGUAUGGAUCCUAAUACACCUAUCGAAGAUACUGUUGGUGCUUUGGCAGAACUUGUUGGCGAAGGAAAAAUUAAAUAUAUUGGUCUUUCCGAAUGUUCUGCAGAAAUUCUUCGACGUGCUCAUAAAAUACAUCCUAUUGCCGCAGUUCAAAUGGAAUAUAGUCCCUGGACGCUCGACAUUGAAACGAAUGGAAUUAUGGAAACUUGUCGUGAAUUAGGUGUCACUAUAGUAGCAUAUAGUCCACUCGGACGUGGAUUUCUAACGGGAAAAUAUAAAUCUGUUGAUGAUUUUGAACCGGACGACAUUAGAAGAAAUUUUCCACGUUUUCAAGGUGAUAAUUUCAAUAAAAAUUUAGAACUUGUGCAUAAAUUUCAUGAAUUUGCGAAUAAGAAAGGCGUAACUCCAAGUCAACUCUGCUUAGCUUGGGUUAUAUCUCAGGGAGAUAAUAAUAUUGCUAUUCCUGGUUCAAGAAAAUUGAAAUAUUUAGAAGAAAAUUUGGGAGCAGCUAAUGUUCAUCUUACUCCCAAAGAAUUGUUAGAAGUUAGGCAAAUCAUCAAUUCUAUUGGCAUAGUCGGUAAUAGAUAUUAUAACACAAGCGAUCCAGGUAAGAAUUAUUAUGUUAUUUUUGUAACUUUGUAUCUUAUGUCAUGUUUAAAAGCCAAUUAA